AUGGUGGACCUGCAGCAGCCGGGCCAGCCGCUGCGCUCCGUCAGCUGGCAGAGCAAGUACGACGCCGGCGUGGCGGCCUGGAGCAGAGCCGCCGGCCAGAUCGGAGCCGACGUCGCUGUCGCGUACAACACCCAGGUGGUGGUGUUCCGUUGCGACGGCGCCGACCUGCGCGACACGGCGAAGCUGCAGUCGCACCGGCGCAGCAUCACCGACCUCGACUGGCACUGGAGCGAGCCGCUGCUGGCCACCUGCAGCGUGGACGCCAACGUGCACAUCUGGGACGUGCGCGAGCCGCGCCGCCCGGCCGCCGCCAUGCGCUCCGUGGAGAGCGCCUGCCAGGUCAAAUGGAACCGGAUAUCGAGCCAGACGCUGGCCAGCUCGCACGAGGGCGACAUCCGCGUGUGGGACCGGCGCAAGCUCAGCAUUCCGGAGCGCUACAUCUCGGCCCACACGGCCAAGAUCCACGGCCUCGAUUGGUCGCCGACCGUGGAGUGCCAGCUAGUGACUGCCAGCCAGGACAUGUACGUCAAGUUCAUCGACGUCACCAACCCGCGCAACAUCGUCAGCAUGCCCAAGGCCAAGGACCCCGUGUGGCGCGCCCGGUACACGCCGUUCGGCUGCGGCCUGGUGACUGAGGCAGUACCGCAGCUGCGGCGCGGCGACAACUACUGCCUGUGGCUCUGGAACACGGCCAGCUUCGGCUCGCCAGUGCACACCUUCGCCGGCCACUCGGACGUCGUGUUCGACUUCGACUGGCGCUGCCGGGAGCCGGCCCGCGCGCGAGACGAGAGCGAGUACGAGCUGGUCACGUGGUGCCGUGACCAGACUCUGCGCCUGUGGCCGCUCAAGGCUGACUUGCUGCAGGCGUGCGGCCACGACACGGCCUCCAACGGUGCGGAAGGCGAGCACGCCGCCUCCCCCACCACCGAUGGUAUGGAGACCAGCUGCCUGGACACGCCCGGCUCGCGGGAGCAGUCGGCGGCCGAGAGCGGCGCCGCCAGCGGGCCCGCCUCGCCGCUGUACUCGCCGGCACGCGCGGCGCCCCGUAUUCGCCGCGCCACCAGCGAGGACCCGCCGGCCACGCCCAGCCAGCCGCGCACGCUCGAGCAGGAGUUCCGCAUGAUCAACAAGAACAUUGACAACGUGCGCAUCGAGAAGCUGAACGCCGAGGAGCGCGCGUGCCACGUGUCGGUGGUGUGCGGUACACUGAGCGCCUGCCUGCUGGUCACCUUCCCGCCCAGCUACCCGAGCCGGCAGCCGGAGGUGCGCUUCCUGGAGGGCACCCGGCUGAGCCAGGCCGGCCGCCAGGAGGUGCGCAAGGCCUGGGAGCUGACGGCCGAGCAGCACGUCAAGAGGAACCGCUCCUGUCUGGAGCCCUGCCUGCGCAACCUGGCCGGCAGCCUGCAGCGGCUGAUGGAGCGCCAGGAGGAGACGGCGCCGCCGCCCUAUCAGGCGUCCAAUGUGGCCCUAUUUUCCUCGGCCAGUCCGUACGGAAGCUUCAAGGACGUCAACGUCGCCUUCCCGCGCACCUCCGGCGCCAGAUUCUGCGGAAACGGCGCGCUGGUGGUGUUCGCCUGUCCGGCCUUCAUGAAGCUGUCGUCCCGCGGCGACAGCGUCACGCCCCGCUCGCUCUCCGCCCUGGACGCGUACCUCAUCAACUACGCGCAGGGCCCGAUGGGGCUGUCCAUGCUGGGCGGCUCGCCGCUGCUGUUCCCGGCGCUCUCGCGCAGCCCGACCGGCGCCGACGGCGCCCUCUACGCCAAGGAUGGGACAGCCCCCGGGUCGCCGCCCCCUGACCUCCUCGGUCUCUAUGCCGCCUCCCACGGCCUCGUUAGCCCCUGGGCCGCCGUCCUGACCUUGCUGGCCCCUCGGUCGCCGCCCCUAAUCUGCAACCUGGUGCUCUGCUACGACGUCAGUCGCCUGUCGCUGCUCAACAGGGAGCUGGCGGAGCGAUACGUCCUGAGCGGCCCCGAUUUCGGCGCGGUCUGCGCCGCCAAUGCGGACCUGGCUGCCUCCGUCGGCAGAAAGGAUCUGGAGAAGCACCCGUUCGGCCGCAACCUCGUCGACUCUGUGAUCGCGCACUAUCUGCGCGCGCGUGACGUACAGACGGUGGCCAUGAUCUGUUGCGUGCUGGGCACCAAGACGGAACAGCCGGUCUCCAGCCUGCACCAGGCCGCCUCCCAACUGGAGAACAGCAGCCCGGGCGAGUCGCCGUACCACACCGUGCACCCGACCGACACGCGCCGUCACCCGACGCUCGAGGGCCUGGGCGUGGCCGUGUCGCGCCAGAACCGCAGCAACUCCUGGUCGGACGUGCUGGACGAGAGUCGGCUGGCGACGCCCGAUCCGGCCGCCCUUGAGGAGCGCGUCCAGCACGAGAACAACUGCAGGGGGGCGAGAUGCUGGACCCAGGCCCGUCAGUGCGAGUUCGACCGCUAUAAGAAGAUCUACGCCGACAUUCUGUACAAAUGGCAGCUGCACAUCCAUAGGGCCCAGGUGCUGAAGUAUGUGAGCACGGUGCCGGUGGCGCACUCGGGCCUGGAGGUGCGCACCGAGUGCGCCCGCUGCGGCCGCUGCUUCGCCGGCUCCGAGUGUCAGCUGUGCCGGCGCUGCGCCGUCACGUGCAUCAUCUGCCACGUCUCCGUCCGAGGCAUGUCGUCGUUCUGCCUGCUGUGCGGCCACGGUGGCCACCUGCAGCACAUGCUGCAGUGGUUCCGCGACCAGCAGCUCUGCCCCACCGGCUGCGGCUGCCGCUGUCUGACCGGCUUCCAGCAGGCGUUCCAGGAGUGAGCAGUCGGCCGGCGCCGCCGCUGGUCAGCGAAGCUCGGGGGGUCACGUCCGUUAUCACCAUCGGCUGGGAGACGGGUGUGAGGUUGGUCACCCUCCCGGGUCAGCUCGGGGUGGGAAAAGACGGACAUGAAUGCUAUCGUAUGUUGGAGUACGUUGUCAUGCCAAGUCGGGGAUUGUCUCGUGGCUUCUAGGAGACCCUGUAACGGGGACGAGUGUACUGGCUGGCCGUGUGAUAGCGAGUGAUAAUGAUGACGGCGGUGAUAUGAUAUCACUUCACGGAAGACACGUGCGGUGCGUACCGGUAGCGCGCUUGCGAGCGGGCCGCGUCUCGCCGCGGAUAGCGCGGCGGGCGCGCACGCGCAGCGUCUGCCCGGCGGCCGGCGCAGAGGUGCGUCACGACCCGCCCGGGCAGGUCGCCGCCGGUGGCCUGUCACCACGUGCCAAGAUCUCGCCGCCUUGCCAAACUAAGCCGCACGGCGCUUCGCGGCGUCUGGAAGUGCUCACAAACCUCUCCGAGUAGCGCAUAGGGGACGGCUUGUACAGGGUGCAGAGACACAAAUUCAUAUAGCCGCCGGAGGGGAGAGGGCGGAGGCGUGCUGGAAGUGGUGCACGUUUGGUACAUUGUGCUGUGGCUGGUGUGUGGGGAGCUCCCGGGGUAUACCGCGUUAUCACAUGUGAUCGUGCCUGUGCACCUUACGUAUUGAAUGUGUCGGAAGACAAUGCCCAGAACCCGUUCUCAGUGACGAGUCCACUGCGAUAGGGAAGUGGUGAAGAGAAUACAAUGAUACUCAGGCA